GCAAAACAAAACCCACAAGGCUGCUCAUUACUCUGGAGAAGAGCUCCGGGAGCGUGGUUUUAAAAGUGGAAGUUUAGGUCGUUGCCUUCCGGCUGAUUUAUCUAAGUAGGGCAGUUGAGGUGAGAACCGCGUGGAGCACAUUUGUAGGUCGAAUUCCCCCGUGGACAGAACUCUAGCUACACACUUCCAGCCCCGAGGCGGUGCGCGCAGGAGCCAGGAAGGCGAGCCCUAAACCGGAGCCCAGCCGGGAGGCCGUUUGAUCGCUGCCCUUGGCACCAUGGAUCUGCACAUGUUUGACUACUCGGAACCGGGGAACUUCUCCGACCUCAGCUGGCCGUGCAACGGCAGCGACUGCAUCGCGGUGGACACGCUGCAGUGCUCCGGCAUGCCCAGCAAGAGCGUCCUGCUCUACACGCUCGCCUUCACUUACAUCUUCAUUUUCGUCAUCGGCAUGAUUGCCAACUCCGUGGUCGUCUGGGUCAACAUCCAGGCCAAGACUACGGGCUACGACACGCACUGCUACAUCUUAAACCUGGCCAUCGCUGACCUGUGGGUGGUGGUCACCAUCCCGGUCUGGGUGGUCAGCCUCGUGCAGCACAACCAGUGGCCCAUGGGCGAGCUCACGUGCAAGAUCACUCACCUCAUCUUCUCCAUCAACCUGUUCGGCAGCAUCUUCUUCCUCACCUGCAUGAGCGUGGACCGCUACCUCUCUGUCGCCUACUUUGCCAACACCUCCAGCCGCAGGAAGAAGAUGGUGCGCCGUGCCGUGUGCGUCCUGGUGUGGCUGCUGGCCUUCUGUGUGUCCCUUCCCGACACCUACUACCUGAAGACCGUCACGUCCGCUUCCAACAACGAGACCUACUGCCGGUCCUUCUACCCCGAGCACAGUGUCAAGGAGUGGCUGAUCAGCAUGGAGCUGGUCUCCGUGGUCCUGGGCUUCGCCAUCCCCUUCUCUGUCAUCGCCAUCUUCUACUUCCUGCUGGCCCGGGCCAUCGCCUCGUCCAGCGACCAGGAGAAGCAGAGCAGCCGGAAGAUCAUCUUCUCGUACGUGGUGGUCUUCCUCGUGUGCUGGCUGCCCUACCACGUGGUGGUGCUGCUGGACAUCUUCUCCAUCCUGCACUACAUCCCCUUCACCUGCCAGCUGGAGAACUUCCUGUUCACGGCCCUGCACGUCACGCAGUGCCUGUCCCUGGUGCACUGCUGCGUCAACCCCGUGCUCUACAGCUUCAUCAACCGCAACUACAGGUACGAGCUGAUGAAGGCCUUCAUCUUCAAGUACUCGGCCAAGACGGGGCUCACCAAGCUCAUCGACGCUUCCAGGGCGUCGGAGACCGAGUACUCUGCUUUGGAGCAAAACACCAAGUGAUGCGCUUCCCAGAGCCUCCAGGACCUGGAUGCUGGGUCCCAACAGGGCACCGGGCUGCAUCGUUCUCCAGAAUAAAGCCAAGUGGCUUCAGGCUUGAUGCCUGAGUAGCGUGAAGAGGGGGACUGGGUCUCUGGGGCUCCAUUCUCUCUCUCGGGCCAGCGUGGCUGUCGCAUGGCUGUCGCGCGGCUCUGCGUCCUAGGACGACCAGGUGGCAGCCCGCACUGCUCAUCAGAUCAGCCGUGGGGCUGGCUUGCCUGCACUUCUGUACAAUAGGACUCUCUGCUCCCUGAACGUUUAUAUGAUGAUUUGUAUUUAAAUCUUAAGACUUUAUUUUCUCACUCUUGGUGUACCUUAUUAAAAGAAAGCUGAAAUAUAUUUUAAAGAUUGUAUGGGAGGUAUAAUGCUGACAUAUAUUCAGUGUUGUAGUUUUGAGAUUAGUUUGACUUCUGCCUUGACUAAGGAUGACAUUCAUUGUUAGCUGGUUUGAAAGUAUAUAUAUAUAAAUACAUAAAUAUAUAAAUAUAUGCCAGCCUUGGCUGAAAUGUUUUAUUUACGAUAGUUUUAUAUCUGUGUGAUGCUUUGGACCGGUCUGGGAUGGGGAACGAAGACUGCUCUGUAGCGCAGUUGGUGACAAAAACAGCAUUGUAAAGUUACGUUGCAGGAAAGCAAACCCAGCAAACACUAUUCCAGGUGCAACACUGCACAAAAUCAACAGCUGCAUUGCAGAGAGUUCUUUCCAUUUGUAAGUUAUUUUUUUUAAUAAAGAUUUUUCUUUUCCUAAAA